CUCUAAGGCCCGGAGGACGCCACUGCCGUCGUGGGGAAAAAAGUGACGCCGCUCCGGUGUACACACUCACCAGCCGCAGCUAAGACGGCAGGGGAAAAGUAUUUUUCUUUUUUCAUUUCAUUUCUAUUCGUUUUUAUAGUUUAUGUGUCGGGAGUUUAUUCGGUAUCUCACUGCCAAGGAGCCAGCGGGCUCUCGGUGAAGCUCCCGCCGCUUCCGGCUCACGCAGCAGCGGCAGCACUAGUUUGACAGUCGCGGGUCGCACCGAGCAGCUAGCAUUAGCUAGCAUUAGCCCUGCCAGCUUCUAAAGACCAAAGACCCUGGAGGUUUCUUCUCACGGAUCCUGCAGGGGGGAAAAAAACACCACAGAACCUGGAGGUUUCUUCUCACGGAUGCUGCAGGAAAAAAACGGCUCCUGAGUGAAGGACUGACCAUGUUGCUAAACUGAGAUCCCAGGAGAGAAGCAAGAGGCCCCAAAGGACCCCUUUGUGUGCCCUGUCCUCUCUCCCUGACUGGCUGCUCCCUCCUCAGUUCACCUGCUUGUUCCCAACCCUGAAGGCUAAGGCUUACUAUGGACUGCACAUUGCCUUCUGUUGCAGUCCUGCCCAGUAUGCUACCUUAGUGGGUUGGUCACCUCACCUUCCCCUGGGUGUUUCCUUCCACACUUGCUAUAAAACCUGCACGUCUGAUACCACCUACAGUCAGGAGCGCCUGGGUCCUGUACCCAACCUUCCCUCCCCAUCUCCCACCCUCUCCCUCUCCCAGAAGAAGAUGUCAGUCAGCCUGACAACAGACAUCCAGAAGGAGGGAGAGAGUGGGCCACUCAUUGAACCCUGCGGUCGAGGCAAGACCUGCCCUCAGUCACAGGGCCCCAAGGAAGCGACAGGAGAGGGUCUGGAGCUUGAAGACAGCUCUCCGCAGGAUGUACAGAAACGGGCUCCUAACCACAGCCAAAGGAAACGGGCAAAGUCUAACGCAAAACUGAAGUUGGUAAGAAGUCUGGCAGUGUGUGAGGAAUCUGCUGGGCUGUUCGGCAAUGAUGGCCCUCCAGAAUCGGAUAUCAUUCAGCUUCACAUCAGCUGUCCAUCUGACAAAGAAGAAGAAAAGUCAUCCAAGGAUGAGUAUGAAAAUGAAGAAAAGGAGAAGAAGGACAAGGCACCACGGAAGAUGUUGUCACGUGACUCCAGUCAGGAAUACACUGACUCCACGGGUAUCGACGUUCACGAGUUUCUGGUCAACACACUGAAGAACAAUCCCAGGGAUCGAAUGAUGCUGCUCAAACUCGAACAAGAUAUCCUGGAGUUCAUUAAUGAUGACAAUAACCAGUAUAAGAAGUUCCCCCAGAUGACUUCCUAUCACCGAAUGCUGCUGCACCGCGUAGCUGCCUACUUUGGCAUGGAUCACAAUGUGGAUCAGACGGGCAAAGCUGUCAUCAUCAACAAGACCGCCAACACGCGCAUCCCCGAGCAAAGGUUCUCAGAACACAUCAAGGAUGAGCGUAACAUGGACUUCCAGAAGAAAUUCAUUCUUAAGAGAGAUGAUGCCAGCAUGGACAAGGAUGAUAAUCAGAUCCGUGUGCCGCUGCAGGACGGGCGGCGUAGCAAGUCCAUCGAGGAACGAGAGGAGGAAUAUCAGCGGGUACGAGACCGGAUCUUUGCCCGAGAAGUGUCUUUUUUCUUACAGUCCUCUCAGAACGGAUACAUCAAUGACAACAGACUUUCCACUGAGGGCUACUGCUCUAGCUCCCAAAAGCGGAGGCAGAUCUUUAGAGGGAACCGCGAGAGUUCCAGCCGGGCGUCCAGCAGUCGUCAGAGCAGUACGGACAGCGAUAUGAAAUGCUUGGAGCCACGUCCCUGGAGCAGCACCGACUCUGAUAGCUCGAACCGCACCCUGCGGCCCCCUGUCACAAAGGCCAGCAGCUUCUCUGGUAUCUCCAUCCUCACUCGAGGGGACAGUCUUGGCAGCAACAAAGGCUCACAGGGAAGCUGCAAAGGCUCUCGAUCUGGCCUGCACCUAGUCAGUCCUGAUGUGUGUCCCCCACCUGUAGCCUCCCAGUCCAGCCGUAGCUUGCUACCCUGUGCAACCCAGCAGCCGCCGCAACCCCAGGCUCCGACCGCCCUGCUGCCCACCCCGCAACAACACCCCAUGGGCAACCACAUCAUUACUCAGCCGGUAGCAUCUUUGCAGCCCUCUCAGCCUGUCUCCUACUCCAGCCCCCAGGUUCUCCUGCCCAUUUCUCCUCCUCAGCAGUACACAAUGGGGGAAGAACUGGCGCCCCAGUUCACCCAGAUGACGCUGAGCCGUCAGGGCUCCAGUGAGAACCCCGAGCCUCCCCCCUUGUAUCAGGCUCCUCCGACUGUCCUGUCCCAACACCCCCCUCCUCAAACCAGUUACAUAAUGGCGACCACCGGCCAGCCGAUGCCUCCGCCGUCUGGCUACCAGCCGGCCACCGGACAUCCCCAUCCUCCACCCCCACCGCCACCUCCAUCUCAGACCGUCAUGCAGGCCCCGCCUUCUCAGAGCUACAUGCAGCCGCCUCCGCCACAGCAGAUCCAAGUUUCAUACUACCCCCCUGGUCAGUACCCCAGUUCAGGCCAGCAGUACCGUGUGGCCCAACCCAUGUCCCACCAGGUCUCUUACCCUGCCCAGCGCACACAGCCCAUGCCUCAACCCGCACAGCAGUCAGGUCUCCAGACCAUGAUGCCCAGCCAGCAGCCGAGUUACCAGGGCAUCAUUGGGGUGCAGCAGACCCAAAACCCUGCUCUGCUCAAUACCCAGAGAGCUGGCAUGGGAGGGCAAAUGCAAAGUAUCGUGGUUCAGUACCCACAGAUGCCAUCCUAUCAGGUGCCAGUUGCGAACGAGAAUCAGCAGGUGGUGCAGCAGCAGUACCAGCAGCAGGUCAUGGUGCCAGUGAGCCAGUCAGUCCAGGGACCUAUGCCUGUUUACUACAGUGUUAUUACGCCCACACAGCAAAAUAGCACAAGCCCAUCUGUAGGUUACCUGCAGCCCCCCAACUCUGAACAGUAUCAGAUCACACCAUCGCCUUCUCCAUGCAACCCUCAACAGUUACAGCAACAAUAUUCAGGAGUUCCCCCUCCUGGUCCUGGAGUCAUGGUCAUGCAGCUUAGUGUCCCCAAUGGAUCGCAGCCUUCCCAAAAUCCUCCGCUAGUCCAGUGGAACCCAUGCAAAUACUACAGCAUAGAGCAGAGACCCGGAAAGCCUGGGGAUCUCUACAAACCUGAAAAUACUUCACAGGCUAGCACCCAGCUGACAAGUCCUCUGCCCUCGCCGACCCAGUCUCCUACCCCGUCUCCCUCUAGCAGCGUCAACAGUGUCUGUCCAGGCCUCGGACCAUUACCCCUCAUUCCCCAAUUCCCACGGCCGGGUGGGACAGCUCAAGGUGACGGCCGCUACUCUUUAUUAGGACAACCUCUCCAGUACAGUCUGUGCCCUCCUAGCCUCAUGCAUGGCCAGUCUUCAUACAGUUCCCAUCAGGGCCACGGCGUGAUGAAAAUUGGUGCACGAGGGAAGAAGCAAACACUCAAAUCUGCAUCGACUGAUCUUGGCACAACAGAUGUUGUGGUGAGUCGAGUACUUGAAGUAACGGACCUGCCAGAAGGUAUUUCACGUCCAGAAGCUGAAAAACUCUUCAACCAGCUGUCCAUGUGCGGCGCCAGGAUCCAGUGGCUGAAGGACCCUCAGGGAGGGAGAGCGGUAGGCUGCGGACCCUCGGGGUCGGGCGGCGCCAUGACCUGCAUGGGAGCAGUGAAGGGUGAGGACCCUGCUCACCUGUACACAGUGGUGGCCGUGUUCCCCAGCACCAUGGCCGCCCAGAGUGCUUCCUUCAAACUGAACAACAGUGCAGCUAGCCUCUUCAAACUGAGGGCGGCCAAAAAGAACUACGACCUGCGUGUGCUGGAGAGAGCAAGCUCUCAGUGAGACUCUCAUGCCUGUCUUGGUGUACAAUUAUAAAGAAAGAAAAAAAACGUGUCAAAUGUAUAAAAGGGAAGAAAGUGUGACUCAUGAGGUGGUCGGUGUUUGCUUUCAAUAUUCUUUAGUCCUUUGUUUUUAAUUGUUUUGUAUUCAUAUAGCAGAAGAGCACACAAGCAUGUGGUUUCACCUGAAGUGUGUGCUGCCAGCAUAUUGAAACAAACACGUACAGGUAAAAACCACGCACACACUCACUCACACACACACACACACACACACACACACACACAGGCAACAGGGUGACGUAGCACAUAAACAAGCCAAAACACACACUGGACAGUCCACCUCAAUGAAAACUUUUCUUCUUCCUCACUUUCUUUUCUUCCAGCGCUGACCAUCCUGCCAUGUGGCAUAUUUAUACAUUUUGGUACGUCUUUCAUGCUGUUCCUCUCCUGCACUCUUGUUUGCCUUACUGCUGUUGUGGGCUUCUGUAUUGCGCUGUUCUUCUUUGGGGGAGGCAGGGACCUCAAUAUAUUUAUAUAAGUGAUGUAAGGAAUAAAGAAAUCUAUAUAUUCAGUGAUAUUUUUUUGUUCUCUCUUCCUCCCCGAGUGAAAAUUUUGGCCUUUUUGUUUGUCCUUUUCUCCUUUCCUCUUCAUCCCUCAGCCUCACUUUUGUCCUUUCCUGCAACUUCCCUCCACUGUGUUGGCUUUUUUCUGUUGACAGCUGUGCAGAAAGUUUCAGAAAAUGUAGUUGAAGUGCACAAUGAUUGCAUAUGUCUACUGUAAAUUUUAUUUAAUCUGUUAAUUUUUGGUUUGUUUUUAAAAAUACAAAAGUUGACAAAAGCAAUGAAAA